AUGGAGAACUCCAAGGCCUCUGUUGUCCCCAAAGGGAGCCCAGGCAGAGCCCGCAAAAAGUUUAAGAGAGAUGAAAAAGAACUGAAGUCUUCCCAGGAAAAUGAUCUUUGGGGGGACAUAAGAUUCCGUGGAGAGCCUGAGAAGCCCCCCAUGAAUGCAUACCAGAAGUUCCAGCGGGAUGUGUGGUUUAGUGAGGAGCUGCAACGCAUGCCACCGAUGAAGCGCAUGGAGAAGGUUGGCAGACUCUGGCAUCGUGUCCCAACGAGCCAGAGGGAGCUUUAUGAGCAGCAGGCUGAGGAGCUGCAGAAACAGUACAAGGUGGACCUGGAUAAAUGGCUCGAGACUCUGUCUCCUGAAGAGUAUGCUGCCUUUACAAAGAGAAGCGGUGGGAAGCCUAAGAAGAUGAUCAUGCCUGGAGGUCUGGACCCCAAAAUCAUCAGGACAGAAGUGCAGUCUCCAUCAGCAAGGACUCUGCAAGAAGGGCUUGAACAGAGCCAGGGGCCGGAUCCCGGGAUGGCAUCUUCAGAGACAUAUGGGGACCAUUCUUAUGCCUUAAGGGGUUCUGAAGAAAAGAAGGAGCAUGAGGCAAAGGCAGAAAGCAGCAGCUCCUCAGACUCCAGCAGCAGCUCCUCAGACUCCAGCAGCAGCGAUGAAGAUGACAGCAGCUGCAGCUCAUCUCCCCCGGUGGACACCUCUAACUCAGACUCCAACUGA